ACCCAUGAAUGAGAGAGAGAGAGAGAGGGGGGGAGCUCUUUUCUCCUCUGCACUUUGUAAUUGCUCUUUUAUAUUUACUACCACCAAAGUUUUCCCCUUUCUGCAACACCAUCUUGGGAUUUUUCCAAAACAAUUAAUACAUUUCCUGGCCUCAAUUUAUGCUCGUCUUCUACCAGGAAUUCAAUUCCAUUCAAUCCCCCCCCCUCUCUCUCUCUCUCUCUCUAUACCCUAUACCCCGCCACCUCUCCCCCAUAAUUAAAUUAAGCUUUUAAAGUAAACCCCAUCUUUCUCUUUCUCUCUCUUUCUGGCUUUAUAUAUAAUGGCCUUAAGAGGUCCAAUUCAAACCACAUCAAGACCCUGUUGUUGAUGGUGCACCACCAGUUAGGAGGGACGGCUCUCGCAUUGCUUCGAGCCUAGCCGCCGCCCCACCCUCGAUCGCCGCCUCCGCUAAUCAGCUCUCAAGAGCCCUGUCCUCUCCCCUCCUGGUUGGCGAAAGUUCCCUCGAUCUUUAAGACAGGGGAGAUAUACUGUUUGGACGGCGAACUGGGUAACAUGAGUCGCCGGAACGGCAACGGCCCCAAGCUCGACUUGAAGCUGAACCUGUCCCCGCCAAGGCCCGGCCCGAGGGUGGAGUCCCCAGCCCGGUCGGCGACGGUGUCGCCCACCUCCCCGCCGAGCUCGUGCGUGUCGUCGGAGCUCAACCAGGACGAGUCCUCCCUGCGCUACUCCAACAGCCCGGAGGCCACGUCGAUGGUGCUUGUGGGUUGCCCGAGAUGCCUCAUGUACGUGAUGCUCUCGGAGGACGAGCCCAAGUGCCCCAAGUGCAAGAGCACCGUCUUGCUCGAUUUCGUCCAUGACAACAUCAACACCAACCACACCAGGAGGACCAGGAGGAGCUAGAAACAGAGGAAACAGAGCUUUUUUUUGCCCCUCAAGAAAUUCUGUUACUACUAGGAGUUAAUGUUUAGCCUUUUCUAGUCUAUCCCCUCCUUUAGAUCUCCUGUUUCCGUCUCUCUAGAAGAGAGUGCUAUCAGCGCUCCAUUUUUAGGUUCAUUUUUCAUUUCCAUGUGCCUAAACUAGGAAAAACAGAGGUAAAAACAGGGUAUAUAUGUGGAUGAAAAAGGCACGCAUCAAGAAACAGAGAAAAAGUGAAGCGCUAUAGUACUAUCUUGUUUCUUAUUUCUCGCUUUUCCAUUCUUUUCUUUUCCUAGGCAUAGAAAGAGGUUUAGCGGGAUUUUACUAGAGCAGAUUCCUGAGCUCAGCCUUUUCUCUUCCCUCUUUUAGCAACAGGCAAUGUAAAUCUGGUUAACUGCAACGGCCCAGAUUUUCUUAUCAUAGGGGUGAUGUUAGAUUGUGUUCGA